UGUACACAAGUCAUUAGUAUGGCUUUGCACGUCGACGAGUAACUACGCAUGAUAUUUUUGAUAAAAACCGCUCUAUAUUUACGAUAACACAACAAGAAGUAUUCACAAAAAAUUGUUGUUUUACAAGUGAUAAACGUUUGAACUCGAGGCUGUGCGAUAAUUUUGUGUACAAAAAAAUUUGAAGUUUUUAUUUUUUAUGUUAAUUUGAAGUGUGUAAAUAAUUAAGUGUGUGUUCAUUGUGAUUUGUGAACGAUUUUAUUUUGAGAGAAAAAAGUACUCGUAGGAGCGUCCAGUGGCGGUGGAGUGAUGUAAAUUAAUCAUGGAGCAAGCAGAAUUAGUACCUUUGGAAACGGGUCUCCGGUCUCCCCGCGUGGCGCACACGACGCGGAACUGCUACCUGGCCCCCCGCAGCUGCUACACCGCACCCCUCAGGCUCUGCAGACUCCUGGCGCUACUCUUCGUCCUACCCAGCCUGUUCCUCACGAUUCCUCUGUAUUUAAGAUACCGCGUGUUCUCCGGUCAGAUGUACCCGAUGAGCAUGACCGAUAUGCGACUGAUUGACAGCAAGAUAUCGCCCACUUGGUGCCAGAGACAGGUGGUGCGUUCCAACACGACGUUCAAUGCGUUCGUGGUGCCCGGCCCUCCAGAGCUCACUGAGGACCUGGUGCCAGUCUCCAUGACGAGGGAACUGGAACUAGAGGAUGAUAUGAAGGAGUACUGGGGAUUUUACCUGCUGAAGGGAUCUUCGGUGACUGUUUCUGCUUGUGUUAGCUACCCAGGUGCCUCCCUCAUCAUGAUCAAAGGUUACAAGCAUCUGCAGGAGUGUGCGUACAUCGGAGACGACUCUUCGGAGGAAGUUGAUGAGCUACUGGAAGCCAACAGGCUAGGUCUACUCUCUGAUGACGCGUUAGCUGAGAAGAUUAAAGAAUUAAAGCUUGUUGAAGGAAAGGCUAAUGACCCGGGAACGAUGAGGAGACACAAGUCAGGCAUCAGUUUCCACGACCCUUACAACAAGGAGAAUGCCACAGCUUCCUCCGAGAGUGUGCCUAACGCUGAUGUCACAGAUCAUGAUCCUAAGGAACUUAGAGAAAUUCUAGAACGUCUUCACGCCUUAAGAGAAGCGGCUAAGAUCCAAAUAGCGAAGAACUACCACCCACCUGCGAACAUCAUGUCUCUUCCAGCGUUACAUAGGCACAGGGAUGCCAACGUGGACAAGGAUGAGAGGAAAUGGCUUUCGUUCCAAGAUCUCGAUGGCAACAAUAGCGUAGUAAAUACGACUGAAACUGCACUUAAUAAGAAUGAAAUUAAAACAACCACUGAAGAAAAACAAAUCAACGUCAAUAUUUCACAAAAUCACACAAAAAUUGAGGAAAUACAUAAAGCAAAAGAAAAUAAUGAAAAGGUUGAUAAAGACAAACUAAUAGAAACAACUACUGAACCACAGUUAGAAUUAACUGCUAUAAUAAUGAGUGAAGAGUCUAGUGAACUGAAGGAAGUGGCUACGGAAUAUUCAUCAGAACAGAAUCAGAAUCUUCCGGAGCCGAAUUCGAAGGAAGUGUUCGAAGAUGUCCUGCAGAGACUGCAAGCGUUGGGAGACAAGGGGAAGAGGGUGCUGUUCAAACUGCAUCAAACCAUGGGUGUGGAGUAUCAGGAGAAGCCGACACUGCAAUCGAAGAAAGACAUAAUGUCAGUAGUGACUGGCAGCGGUGAGGAGUUGGACCGACUGCGGAAGGUGCUGGUCGAAGCCAUCGAUGAGGAGAAGAACAGGGCACAGAGGCAGAAAAAACGCCACGACGCCUUCGAACAAGCGAGAAGUAAACGAGAAUCAAUGCUGGGUCAGAUAGAUCUGGUGAAGGAGUUCAAUGAAAACGAUGAGGAAAGGAACCAUGCUGGUGAAGUUGAUGCUGACGGCUACGCAGAUCACCACAUGGUAGUGAACGAGACAACUCCUCUCGACAUGAGUAACUCCGAGUUCUGGUCUUCCUUCUCCAGCAGUGAGGAAGCUCUGCUGGAGUGCGAGGGUCUGAUCCUUAAUCUGCCUCUGACUCCUCACAGACACUGUCACAGAGGGGCUUCGGAGGACGAGAGCUUUGCUGCUGCUAAGGCUAAUGCACUUACUUAUAGGGUACCAGCAAACGGCUACUACUUCUUCGUGUUCAACUCUGAGAACGAAGUGCAACGCAACUACAUCCGCGCUCGCUUCGCUCUGCAGAAGACGCGGUACGACGUCGCUCGCACCGCUCUAAGGGAGUGCAAGAAUAGUACUCAACGAUGUGAUCUCGCUUUGGAUAUCUUUUCUACUCAGAAGGUGGUAUUAGAAGUGCCACUCCGCAACAACGACUCGUUAUGGAACGAGCAGUUUGUGAUCAUAUCGGAAUGUGAACCUAGGACCUCCAUAUACAUGUUCUGUGUCAUCGCUGUGCCUAUACUUAUACUCGUGUUUGGAUUCCAAUGAAGAGAUUUACAUGUAAACAAUGGCAAAUACCAAGAAGAACAAAACAGGAAGGAGAAAACUAACUCUAAAUUAGAUAUCGAUAGUUACCGACCAAUGUCAACGCUCAAUUGCUUCGAGAAUUCCACAAUCGAUUGAUCGUAUUGUCCAUGGAGAACAAAAUGACUAGCGGAGGUGCCAUAACGGAAAAUCUCCUAAGAAAAUAGUUCGCCAAAAUGCGGUACUUAUAACUGCGGUGUUCGAGAGACGAGGAACAUUACCGUCUUCGCCCUUUUUUGAGCCCGAUUAUUUUUUGUAAUACCAAAAACCGUUGAUAAAUAUCUCACAGUACCCGAACGCCUCAUUAGUUCAGUAGUAACUGAUCGUUUUAGUCAUGCCCACAUAAGUAUUUGACCUAUAAGAAGGCGCCUGACCUACCUGCAUUAUGGCAUCUCCGUUCUUCCUUCCAUCUUUCCUUAUUCCGUGGCUCAAUUGCUCCAAGAAUUCCCAUUCGAUUGAUCGUAUUGUCCUAACAGAAUUAAUUCGUCACAAUUGUCGGACCGAGUUUGAUAUAUCGAGUCGAUAUAUCGACCUCACUUGUUGAUGUUAAAUCAAUUAUUUUUGUAAUACGACACUAACGGCCAUUAUCAGUGGUUUUAAAAAUCAGCGCGUGUGCGUGACUGACUUUUAGAGAUGUUUUUUAUCGAUACAUUUUUACAUUAACAUGUAUCGAUAUGUUGAUUCAAUGUAUUUUGAUAGUGCCUUUACCAUUUAAUUGAACAGCAAUACGAGUGUUGUACAAAAAUGUGCCUAUUUUAAAUCCAAAACAAAUCGCCUUGUUAGAAUUGUUAUUUGUAAUCAAACAGUGAUUACUGUCUCAUAAACUACAACUGCGCAAGCAAUAAAAUUGUAAUGAAUAAUAAAUAUUAAUUAAAAAUAUUUUAUUGUUAUAUUAACUGGCCCAAGAAACACACCCUGCUUUGUGUAAAUACCUGCGUAAGCUUGGCCUUCACGAAGUUUAUAUUAAAAAUACUGUAAUUAUGUCAUCGAAUACAGGAAGAAAUAGUCAUAAUAAUGAAUUAGAAUAGAUUACAAUAAGUCCAUUGUUAUGUUAUACUGAAAUAUUUUGUUUGCAAUACGAAGCGGUUAAUGUGAUACUAGUCAUAUAAACACUGUUAUAAGUGCAUUGUUAUUGAAUAAACAUAUUUUUAUUCUGAA